AUUUAUUAAUUUGACGAUGAUGAAUAUAACAACAGAGGAAAAAGGUUCAAACCCACCGCCAUCAUCAUGCCAUGCGACGGCGGCACCGUUGGUUCUGUUCUUCGAAAGUUCCGCCGGCCAGCCGGAAGAAAUAUCCAUUCCGUUCAAAGGGUGCGAGGGGUGGCCGGAAUUUGCUUUUACGACAUCGUAUGAUGACGAGAACCUCGUCGCGGACGUUGACGUGGACCUUUUGAAUUGUUUCUCCUCCACCGAGAAUAACAACAACAACAAUGCGUCUUCCGGCGGCGGCGUCGGCGGCGGAGAAGUUAUUGAGAUGGCGGCUGAUCAGGAUGAUCUGUUCUCGGCUUACAUUGACAUGAAGAAACUGGAAGAUAUGAAAGAAACGAACAACAUUAAUAAUCUUCUUCAUGCAUCGUCUGGAGGGAUGAUUAACGUUCAUCGGGAAGAAGACAAUGAUCACCAAAAUGGAGGCGGAUUCGUUGUAGAGACUAAUAACGGCGGCGGCGUCCGCCUUUGUGGCGGGAGGCGGAAGAAGAAGGAGAGAAUGAAUAAGAACGUGAUGAUCAAGACUGGGCCCACAUUGAAGAAGCGGCAACGGCGGAGCCCGCAAAGUUGUCUGACGACGGCAGCGGCGGCGGCGGAAAACGGGUUCGUGGAGCCCAGGAAGGCAAUGGCUGCCGAAGAGCUGGCUGAGCUUUGGUCCAUUGAUCCUAAACGAGCCAAGAGGAUUGUGGCAAACCGACAUUCUGCAGCACGAUCAAAGGAGAGAAAAGCUCAAUACAUAGUGGAUCUCGAGGAGAAUGUAAAGAAGCUUAAUUCGGAGGUGGCUUUUCUCAACACCAGGCUCAUCGCCAACCAGAAGGAGACCACAGAACUCGCAGCUGAAAAGAUAGAACUUAAGCGUCAGCUGCAAAAUAUGGAGAGUCAAGCUGAGCAAGUCGAUGCUCAAAUCCAAGCAAUGGAAGAAGAUAUCAAAUGGUUGAGAUCUGCCACUGGAGAGAUGGAACCCUACCAGACUGAUCAACAACCCCAACCACAGUAUUUUCAGUUUCAUCAGCCAAUGUCAUCAUCAUCAUCAACCCACCAACAAAACAAGUGCUUGCCUCCUCCGCUGCUUCAGAAUUGCCAGCAAAGCAUGUUGCCGCCUUAUUUGAACGUGGCGAAUUCGCAACCUCUCUUCUAACACCACAUUGAUCAAUUCCAUCUCUUCCACCACACAAUGACUAGCUAGCUAGCAAGACAUAUGUGCUCGCAUGUUCUUGGUAUAUACUCAUGUAAUGACUAAUGUGCAGCUGACAUAUAUGGUUUCAGCAAAGAUUAGAGAAGAAACUGCUCCUCCUAUUUUGUGGGCUUAUGGUCGACGCACCACGGGCGACCUAGCUACUUCCAAAGGCAGCUGAGGAGAUUGUACUUUUGUUUUUUUUUUUUCUUCCUUUUUUUGUUUGUCCCUUUCCACAAACGAUGGUGACAGAUCACGAUGAAAAUUGUGUUCUGAUAGAAUCCGAAAGCGUCGUAUGAUGUAUAUAGCCGACACUUUAUAUAUAUGGGGUAUAAAGGCUAAAUUGUUGUACAUCAAUACUAGAACCAGAAGUUAAUUAGUUUGGUACAUCAGUGACAGAUUAAACAUGAUCAUGUUGGGAAUCUGGAAACAGUAGUGGAUCAUUUACUUAUUUGCAAUUCACAAGUUUCUUAUUGC